AUGACUCGGGUUUCUUCACCCGUGUUUGUGUCACUGCUGCUGUUUUUGAUCCAGGCUGCUCUGUUGGAGGCCAACUCUGGGUCCUAUCUGAUAAGAAAAAAAAGAAUAUGGAUUCCUCCAUCAGUAAAGCUGAAAGAAAAUACAGACUACACUAAAGAGGUUGCCAAGGUUCAUUCAGACCUUACUAAUGGCAAAGGGAAUAUUGUCUACAGCCUGGAGGGUGUUGGUGCAAGCAAGUUUCCCUUCAAUGUGUUUGUAGUUGAAAGUAACACGGGACUGAUUCAUCUGAGGAAAAAGCUUGACAGGGAGGACAUCGCUUCAUACAACCUGACAAGUACUGCUAAAUACACUAAUGGUGUCAAGGCAGAGGAAGAUGUUUUGCUACGGUUCAAGGUUGAAGAUGAGAAUGACAACCCUCCAGUGUUUGGUGCCAUAAGCCCUGGGGCUGUAGAUGAGAACAGCCCUGCAGGGACGUCAGUUAUGAAAGUCGUUGCAACUGAUGCUGAUGAACCCGGGAAUAACAACUCUAAAAUAGCUUAUUCACUUGGGAGUCAGAAUCCACCUCAUGACAUGUUCUCCAUAACUAGUGAUGGAACCAUCUACGUCAAAAGUCCUGAGCUGGACAGAGAGGAAACAGAUCAGUACAUUCUGACGGUGAUAGGUCGAGACUUAGACGGUCAACCAGGGGGAAACACAGCAACCAGCACUGUUACCAUUAAUAUCCAAGAUGUGAAUGACAACCUUCCCACUCUCGAAAAUGAGAUGUAUGAGGGCAGCAUUGAGGAGAACACAGAGGGUGUGGAGGUGAUGAGAAUCAAAGCAGAGGACCUGGACGUGAAGAACACAGACAACUGGGAAGCCGUGUUUGAUAUUGUCAAAGGCAACGAGGCUGGGUACUUCAGCAUCAAAACAGACCCUAACACCAAUGAGGGUGUCCUUAUGCUUGACAAGGCUGUUGAUUAUGAGAAUGUGAAGAACCUUGACCUAGGACUAGCUGUGAGGAACAAGGCUCCACCACAUGAUGGAGGAUCAGGAGGCGGGGGAGGGGGAGGAGGAACAGGAGGAUCAGGAGGCGGAGGGGGACCAGGAGGGGGAGGAGGAUCAGGAGGAUCAGGAGGAGGUGGAGGAGGAUCAGGAGGCGGAGCAGGAGGGGGACCAGGUGGGGGAUCUGGUGGAACUAGUGGUGUCAGUGGUGGUGGUACGGGAGGUGGGUCCGGAGGAUCAUCAUGGCAAAGCGGGACCACAUUUAAAACUUAUCCAAUCAAAAUCAAUGUGAAGAACCAGCCUGAAGGGCCACGCUUUGACCCCAAAGUCAAAGCUAUUCCCAUCUCAGAGGGAGACACGUCCUUUAACAUUAAAAAUGUUAUUGCCCACUACCCUGCUAUAGAUGGAGACACAGGAGAGCCAGCUGAGAAUGUCAGGUAUGCCAAAGGUUCAGAUCCUGACAACUGGCUAAUCAUUGACCCAAAGACAGCUGAGAUCAAACUGAACAAGAUGCCUGACAGAGAAUCUCCAUUCCUAGUCAAUGGGACAUACUUUGCUGAAGUACUCUGCAUGACAGAAGACACACCUGCUAAAACAGCCACUGGCACUGUAGCCAUCCAGGUGGAAGAUUUUAAUGACCAGUGCCCCACCCUGACCAGUAAAAUCCACACCAUUUGUACCACGGAUGAUGCUGUUAUCGUCAGCGCUGAGGAUAAUGAUGCAUUCCCUAACGGACCUCCUUUACACUUUUCCAUUGUCCCAGAGGGCACUGAGGGCAAAUGGCAGGUUGAAUAUCUUAAUGACACUGCAGCUAUCUUGAGAUCCCAGGAGCCCCUGUGGCCUGGUGUGUACGAGGUGGAAUUUUUGGUGAAGGACAAUCAGGGAGAGGCCUGUCCAGAUCCACAAAAGAUGAAGGUCCAGGUCUGCACCUGUGAGGAUGGAGUGGAGUGUGGAAAACGAGGCGCCAGCGGUAAACUCAGCAAGGGAACAGCAGUGUUAGGCACUGCAGGCAUCGGCCUCAUACUACUAGGCUUGCUGCUGUUAUUACUCAUCCCUCUGCUGCUGCUCUUGUGCCAAUGUGGGGAUGCCGCCGGUCUGCCAGGGGGGUUUACUAAGAUGCCUUUCGACACUAAAUCACACCUCAUCAACUACCACACUGAGGGCCAAGGAGAGAACACGGAGGUGCCGCUACUUAACAUGCCAUCACCAGCGUAUGGAGAUAUGGUUCAGAGGGGUAUGGCAGCCAAAUCUUCUGCAAUGGCACCUAUGGCAGACUACGAUUUCCAGAAGUCGGUUACUUCCAUCGAUGGGAUAAAUGGGCACAUCAAUCCAGAUGGCCACAGAGAAGGAACAUGGGGGAUGAUGAACCAGAUGAGCUACAGCGGCUUCUACUCUGAGUUUGAAAGCAGAGAGGCAGGAGGUGGUGAAAUUUAUGAUGGCAUGGCUCUGCCAGACAACUUCCUGGGACAGUACUACUCUCAGAAGGCAUCCGGUCUAAGCGAGAGCCUUGGAGGGAAGGAUGGUCUGCUGGUGUACGACUUUGAAGGUCAGGGCUCCCCUGCUGGUUCAGUGGGCAGCUGCAGCCUCCUGGAGUCUGACAAUGACCUGCAGUUUCUCGACGACCUUGGACUAAAGUUCAAGACUCUGGCAGAGGUGUGUGGGGGCAAGAAGAUCCAAACUGAAGUCAAGCAGGUGUUCACUCCACUGCCCAGUGCCUCCAUCAAAACUCAAACCUCAGUAUCCAAGCUGCAGCCAACUGUCCCCAAAACAGAACAGACAGUGGUCACGGAGACAUCUCAGCAUUCUAAGGUGAAGAAAGAAAGCACAGCUACAUUGAGAGAAGGGAUGACCACAGUGAAGAAAGGGGUGGCAAAUCAAGGCCAGAUGCUCCUGCUACAGCAACAGCAGCCUGUCUUCUACACCACCACCCCUGUGAUGCAGCCAAUGCACUACGUAGUCCAGCCACAAGUUCAAAACACCAUGCUGCUGGCUGAGGCACCAGCUACCAACCUGCAGGGCAUGGUCCUAGUCAACGGAACCCAGACUGGACCUGCCCAAGGCAUGGUAGUUCAGGGGCAGACAGUGAUGUCCACUGGACAAGCCCAGGGCCCUGGCUUAGUGCUGGUUGAGAGGGGUGGGGUCCAAGGUGGUGGUGCCAACCUGAUCCAUGCCGGCAACCCCUCUGGCUUUCAGACCAUGAUGGUCGUGGAGGGCAAGGUCCCAGCAGGAUCAAUGCAAGUUCUUACAGGCAACCAGACCCAAGCUGUGCAGACGGGCACUCUACAGCCAGGAGGGCUUUCAGGAUCUCAGAGUGUCCUGGUGGUCCGUUCACCAACAAGCAGUGGAGGGCAGCUGGUCCAGGAAGCAGGAGGUCUGUUCCAGAAGAGCAAUGUUUUAGACUCCCAGAGAGUCCUCUACAGCCAGGAUAACAUGUCCCCUGGUUCUCUACAGCCAGCCACUCUACAGCCAGGAGAGCUUUUAGGAUCUCAGGGAGUCCUGUUGGUCGGUUCACCAACAAGCAAUGGAGGGCACCUGGUCCAGGAGGCAGGAGGUCUGUUCCAGAAGAGCAAUGUCUUUGACUGUCAAAGGGUACUCUGCAGCCAGGAUAACAUGUCCCCUGGUUCUCUACAGCCAGGAGAGCUUUCAGGAUCUCAGAGAGUCCUUGUGGUUGGUUCACCAACAAGCAGCGGAAGGCACCUGGUCCAGAAAGCAGGAGGUCUGUUCCAGAAGACCAAUGUCUCUAACUCUUAA